GUCCUGGUGCGACACGGCGGCUGAAUCUCACAUCGGUGGCGAGAGGGCCUUUGGAUCGGCUAGUCGCAAUGUAUUCAGGAGACGCCGAGGCUUUGGAAGGCAGUAGCGGCUUUAGCAGUGACUCGCUGUCGGAAGGCGAGAGCUCGUUGCUGGAGGACGAUGAGCCCGAGGAGGUUUUCUCCGACCUGUCGGAUGAAGAGCAGCUGGAUGAGGCGGAGAACGGCGAGCGGCAGGAGUCGGAGUCAGGCCCAGGCUCAGGCCCGGGCGAGGAGGCCAGGUUGCCGGCGGAUUUGCAAAAGCAUCUGAAUUUUCUCAGAGGAAUGUCCAACAUUUUGCUGAGCAAACUUUCCAAAGCCGAAUGUGUCAGCUUGUUACAUGAUUCAGUAGAGUCUGAAUUUUUUUUAAUCGAUGGAGAUUCAUUAAUGAUUCAACAUGCACUAAAUAACAGCUUUUGUGAGGGGCAGAAUUUGCACUUUUUCUAUUUGGUGGAACGAUUUUUAUUUGACAUCCUCCAAAAAGGAGCAAAAUAUGUCAUUGUAUUCUUUAAGGAUGCUGAAAGUAUGUGGCUUGGGAACUCCUAUCUUCUUUCAUUGCGAAGUGCAUUAAUUCUUCAUUUAAAGAACAACAGUGAGGUUCCAGUGUAUACAGAAUUCUCCAACUGCUUUUCAUUAAAAUGGCAAGCCUUUGUGCAGGAGCACUAUCCAUAUUUUAUAUUGAUCAGUGACGAAGCAUUUAAGUCAGCUGGCAAUAAAGGCAUGUCCAGCUACCUGUUGAAGAUCUUCAUUUUUCACACACUAGGAAAUAAAAUCAAUGUUGCAAUGACUUCGGGCAUACAUUCGGAUAUUCGCAGGCUUUAUGGAUACUACAUUAACAGUAAAAUUGCUUCUGCAAAAUGUAAAAAGAUCUGUAAAGAUUUGGAAUCUGCUCACCAGGCUAUUGUGUCUUACUUGUCUCGAAAUCACACCAUUGGUUUCUUUGGAGAUGAUAAAAAUGGCAUGAAUGUUUCAAAAGAGGUGCAACAAGAUAUUGCGCAGCUGCAGAGUUUGUGGCCGGAAGAAUUAGAUAUGAGAAGUUAUGUUUGUGUUGUUUCUUGUUCAGUGGCUCUCAAGUGCUAUAUGCACAUGUUGAAAUACAGAGAAAAUCAUAAAGGAGAUGAAACUACUAACAUCAAGACAGUGGAUGAAAUCUUAACAUUUCAAGAGGCAGUAGACUUGUGUCGAAUGUAUUGUGUACAUGUUGCCUUACUUAUUCACUUACCGUUAACAAAGCGAGCCCAGAAGAAAUUCAACUUUAAGUGGGUGAAACCAGCUUCAGAUUUUCUACAAUUGCAAUAUACAAGUCAACAUUUUAUUCUGAAAGCCCUUGAUGUCACUCAGAACCGAAGAGGUGAUAUGGUGCAUUUGUGUGACCUGAAUGAUUCAUUACUUUUGUCAAGAGUGGCUCUCUGCAGUAGGGUGACAGAUAACACAGAAUCCGGUUUGCAGAUGGGAGAAGUUGUUGAAGAAGAAUACAAGAAACUGUGGAAAAUUUUGUCCAAUUUAGCCCCUGAUUAUGAUGUGGGCAAAGCAUUUCCUUUGCAAACUACUUCAAAAAUGAUGGCGCUAGAAAAUGAAAAUCCUGUGGCUGAAGGUCCAUUGGAGGUUAUCCCUGAAGUUAGUUUGAUUCCUGUCAAUAUUGCCUUGGUUGAGGAAUAUGUUGGAAGUAUUUUGAAGGACUUUCCUAUAUUAAGCAGUGACAGUCCGGUGGUUACAGCUCUUUCUGAAAGCAAAGAAUUUGAUAAUCUUGUAGACUGGUAUCCUGAGAAACCACUCAGCGAUGAUUACGAAAGAACCCGGUCCUCAACCUUUGGUGAAAAAACCAAUGAUCCCUGGGUAAGAAAGCGAAUGCUUAGAAAUUACCAGAAGCUUGUCAGAUUUCACAGAUUUUAUGGAUCAACACUUGAGGGCAACAUCACCAAGAACAUUAUCACCAAUGUGCAAGGGGCUACAGUUGUAGCACCAAAAUCGGCCAAUGUUUUAAGUGGAAAAGGCAAAAAAUUACCUCCCAAGAAGAAAGCUGAUAUAAUUGCAGAAGAAAACAUAAGAAAAAAGAAAGAGAAGGAAGAGCACAAGCAAAGGGAACAAUGGACUUUAAUAUCCAAAAGCAUUAUCAAAAUGAUUCAGGAGAAUUUUGACCAAGGAAUUAAAAAGCUUGAUGAGUUUCUGAAGAAAUGCUCAGGGGAUUCUGUAAAGUUGAUUGCAGAAAUGGAAGUACUGGAAAACUGCUUUAAAAUUUGGGUUGAACAUUGCCAAACUACAGAAAGCACCAAGAAAAACAAUGUUAUUGCAGGCCGUGUGAUGAAAAGAAUUCACAAUAUAUUGGAUAAGUAUGAGAAGCAGAUGGAUAAAAGCCAACUGAAGCUCAUAGCUACUUAUCUCAAAGAACUUGGAUUUAACAAAUUAGCACAGACCAUUCCAGACAUUGAACAGAAAGCAGCACGUUCUAAAAGUUAUAAGAAGGAGAACAAAUUUGAAGUUGGUGUUGAUCCAGUUCGUUUUCAACUGAAAUUUAUGGGUCAAUACUUGUUGCGAGAUGAGAGGAAUGAUCCAGAUCCCAGGGUUACUCAUUUCAUUCCAGACACGUGGCAGCGAGAGCUUCUAGAUGCUGUGGAUAGUAAUGAAUCUGCAGUGAUAGUUGCUCCAACCUCCUCAGGGAAAACAUAUGCUUCCUAUUAUUGCAUGGAGAAGGUUCUACGUGACAGUGAUGAUGGUGUGUUGGUGUAUGUUGCACCCACAAAGGCUCUUGUGAACCAAGUGGUUGCAACUGUUUAUAACAGAUUCAGCAAAACUUUACCUGAUGGAAUGGUUGUGUGCGGUGUUCUCACACGUGACUAUCGACAAGAUGCUUUAAACUGCCAAAUACUCAUCACAGUUCCUCAGUGCUUUGAAAAGCUUAUUCUUACUCCACAACGUCAAGCCUGGGUGAAGAAGCUUAAAUAUGUUAUUUUUGAUGAGGUUCAUUGUAUUGGUCAAGAAAUUGGAGCAGAAGUCUGGGAACAUCUGCUUGUGAUGAUUCGGUGUCCUUUUCUGGCCCUCUCUGCAACAAUCAGCAAACCAGAAGUUCUUGCCCACUGGCUUCAGACAGUAAAGAAUUACUGGCAACGAAUAGAGAAGACAAUGGAAAAUCCUGUAAAAGUUAAUAGUGGCAAAAAGAAGCAACAACUGAAAAUGCCAAGGGACCAGAAAUCGUUCAAAGUUAGACUGGUGAUGUACGGGGAACGAUACAAUGAUCUUGAGAAGUAUAUGUGCAGUUCAGAUGGCUCAGACAUUGAGUUUGUUUCAUAUCACCCUUGUGCAGCUUUGACUGCAAGCCAUAUCGAGAAGUAUGGUUUUCCUUCAGACUUGAGUCUCUCCCCACCAGAGAGCCUCCGAUUGUAUGAUACAAUGGCUGAAACAUGGACAUCGUGGCCUCGAAUACAGGAGUUAAAUCCUGAAGAAUACAAACACUUUAAGGAUAAAAUUGUAAUUAAAAAGAAUGAUGUGAGAAAAUAUGAAGCUGAUUUAAAAGAAGAGUUAGUAAACUGGAUUGCUUCAGAACACAGAGAUGAGGCUAUAAAAGUGCUGGAUAAGCUGAGACCACGAAAUGUUGUGAAUUCUACAGCAACCAUGGUUAAGCAAUUUCCCAUGCUAGUUGAAGCUUUACAGAAAGAAAACCAGCUACCAGCUUUGUUUUUCUCAUUUAGCGUUUCAUUAGUUGAAAGACUAGCUAAAGAAACAUACCUGCAUGUCACUAACAAGGAACAACUAAAAAGAGGUUCAGAUGAUGCAAAAAAAAGAAUCGAAGUUGAAAACAAACUUCGAAAAUUAUCAAAGCGUGCUGGAAAAAGACAACCUACUGAUCCAAAGGAGUCCCAUGAGGCUGACAAUAUGGUAAUGAGGGAAACUGAGCAAGAAAUGUUAUACCAGAAACUUCAAGAAUUGAGGAAAGUUCCAUCAGACUGCACCUAUGCAGUGGAAACUGCUGCGGACCAUAAGAUUUUAGAUACAAUCUUUCAGCGAUUGCACCAAGUGAAAACAGCAAAUCAGCUGCGUCUUUAUUUGGAGAGAGGGAUUGGAUUUCAUCACCCAUCCCUGAACAGUAAAGGAAGACAAGCUGUGGAAAUGCUCUUCAGACUUGGAUUUGCCAGGGUUGUGACUGCUACUGGAACUCUUGCCCUGGGUAUUAACAUGCCAUGCAAAACUGUUGUCUUUCUUGAUGAUUCUGUUCUACUGGAUGCAUUGCAAUAUCGACAGAUGUCUGGCCGAGCUGGAAGACGAGGCUUUGAUGUGAUUGGCAACGUGAUCUUUUAUUGUAUUCCGUUGCCCAAAGUGCAAAGACUGCUCAAAGCAAGUGUUCCUCUACUUAGGGGCCAGUUUCCUUUAUCUCUCUCACUUGUGCUUCGUCUUAUGUUGCUGGCUGCUAAAUCUGAUGACAGAAUGGAUGCAGAAGCCAAGGCUUUGUCUCUGUUGCAACAUUCUAUGCUGUGCUAUGAUGACCACAAGAAGCAGUCGGUCUUGAAGUUGUACUUCAUGUUCUGUUUACAGUUUCUUCUCAAACAGGGAUUUUUGGAUUUGAAUGGAAUGCCGCGAGGGUUUGCAGGUCUAGUGGCCCACUUGGAUCAACAUGAACCAGCCAAUUUUAUUUUCAUCAGUUUCCUUAUGAAAGGUCUGUUUCACAAAAUUUGUUCUCAGCCUGAUGCAUCAGCACGGAAAGCAGGUUCAAUAUGCUUUUCUGAGGAAGUGAUGGAAUCUUUACUUCUGAUAUUAGCAAAUAUCUUUGGAAGGAUCUAUCUACCCUCCUGUUCAACAGAGAAGGGUUGGGCCACAUUCCACCAAUCAAAGGUGUUCCUGGAAGAUCUUCCAGAACAGUUUGCUGAAGCAGUCAAUGAAUAUAACAGAAGUAUCCAGGAGACUUUCGGAUGUUUUUUCCUUUCUGCAUCAAAACAGAUAGACAUGACUGAAGAAUGCCAACUUCCUUUAUCAGGGAUAUCUUUUUGUGGUGGUCAUUCUCCCCAAGUAGCUGAUUCUAAAUUUGUAAAUCAGUUGACUACCUUUGGAAAUCAUCCAACAACUGCCGUGUCACCAUUUGCAUGUUUGUCUGGGAUUAGUAAUCUGGAUCUGUUCAAAAUGAGCAAUGUGGACAGUAUUUCUUUACGUACUAUUGAAGUCAGCUCAUGCAAUAUUCCUGUACUAAACUUGACGAAGUAUGAUGAGCAUGGCAGGAGAAUGCCAUUGAAUGCUUAUAUCCUUGACUUCUACAGACAUGGUUCUUUAAAAGCUUUGUUAACUGACAACAUGUUGCAUUUGGGUGAUGCCUAUAGUGCCCUCAAUGAUUUUCAACUAACUCUUGGCUCAAUCAGCACGUCUUUCAAGGAACUAUGUGACAAUAAAGAUGAUGUUGUCGUUUUGGCGUUUGAGCAACUAAGAGAUACUUUUAACCAAAAAUUUGAAAAGAUAAAGAGUUAAUGCAAUUGAAAAUAGUUUCAUUCACGUGCAUUCUUGCUGCUGAAUGUAGGAGAAUGAAUACAUGACAAAACUAAAUUGUGUCGCGCAUGUGAAAAUUAAAAAACUUGCAGCCCAGUGAUGUCAACAAAAAAAUAAAAUUGAAAAGUAGAUAA